CAAUUGUCAAAACAUCAAACUUGGGAGAACUUUCUUCGCAAAUUUUUGUAUGUAUUUAUCAUAUUUUUAAAUUAUUUGACAACUUGACACUAUGGCAGCUAGCGCUGAUAAAGAUACUAAAGAUUUCCUUAAAGAACUCAAAAGCCAAGCUUCCCAAAGUGCUGCAAGCGCGUCUGCUGCGAGCUCUAACUCGUGGACAGACCCAAACGAUGGCACAACGUAUGAAUGGGAUAACGAAAAGCAAGGAUGGUUUCCGAAAGUKGAUGAAGACUUUCUUGCUGCUUAUCAAAUGAAUUAUGGCUUUAAUGAAGCUAAUAGUACAGAGAAGGAAACUUCAGAAUCAAAUGUUAGCACGGUGGACGACCGUCUUCCGCAACCAGUUGCAGGAGAGAAUACGGAGGGAGACCAGAGUGUUUCAAAAGAAGAGUCACUAGAAAAAGGCAAAAAGAGAAAAGCAAAAGAAGAGCCAGUUUGGUUUGAAAUGGAUCAGUCCAAGAACACCAAUGUGUAUGUGUCAGGUCUUCCUCUAGAUAUUUCAGAUGACGAAUUUACAGAAUUAAUGUUAAAGUAUGGAAUUAUAAUGGAGGAUCCUGACACAAGUAAGUCAGUCCAAAUUUUUGAAAUUGAAAGUGUUUCUCUAGCUAUUGAGCUUCUUGAUGAAACAGAGUACAAAGGCAGCACACUUCAUGUCGAGCAGGCAGAGUUUCACAUGAAAGGAGCUUUUAAUCCUGCAUUAAAGAAAAAGAAGAAGAAGAAAAAGAAAAAGCCUGGGAAGGGUCAAGAAAAGCUUCUUGAUUGGGUCGACAGGGAUAACAAACGACCUAAAAACGAGAGAGUUGUUGUCAUAAGAAAUAUGUUUGAUGCCAAAGAGUUUGAGAAAGAGCCUGGGAUGAUUCUUGACUUGAGAAAUGAUCUUAGAAAAGAGUGUGAGAAAUAYGGUGAAGUCAGGAAAGUUAUUGUAUUUGAUAGAAAUCAAGAAGGAAUCUGCUCAGUGGCUUUCAAGGAWCAUGAGUCUGCUGAUGCUUGUGAAACUGUUAUGAACGGUCGAUGGUUCGCCGGAAGAAAGCUACUGGCAUCCAAAUGGGACGGCGCCACAAACUUCAAUACACAGGAAAGUGAAAAAGAUUUAGCGGAUAGAAUGAAAAACUGGGAGAAAUAUUUGUAUGGUGAAGAAGAUGAGACGCCGAAAGCAAAUGCAGACUCGACGUCUGCAAAAAAGUAACGGUUAAACCCAUUGUAUUGCCAUUAAAACGUCAUCAUUCGUACCGCUCUCAGUGCAUGUAUUAAGUAAAUCCAUCCCUGAAAGGAGAGAGUGUAAAACUAUAAUCUACAGAAUAAACACUUUUUCAUGAA